ACUUAGCACCGGCGUUCCACUUUCUCUGCUGCACGACCAGGAUCCGUCGCGGCUGGCAGGGAACACGACGGGCAAACUGAAAUCGGCACAACGCCAUUACCAAUGAUACACUGACCAACACAUUCUUCAGCUAGUUUCGUGUUCUCUCUUAGCAGCUAGCUUCUCGUAGUUUGUCGUUAGGUUCUGUCCGUAUUGGAAACCCCUGGUGGCACACAGCAGCAUGGCGGUUUGGAAAUGUUGCAGCAAAGCGCUGCUGCUGCUUAUGCUGUUUCACAUCACCUUCUACAGCGAUCUAGUUUUAGCGCAGGACCAGAGCGGAGAUGCGAUCCGAUCAUGGGACUAUAACACAACCAGUGGCGGUGGCAGUGGCGAGGAAGUAGGUAGUGGCAGCGGCAGCAGCGGCGAAUCAGCUGGCGAGGGAGAUGAGGGAAAAGGUGGCGAGGAGAAGGAGGACUCUCUUCUCCACGCAUUGCACUGGGAAGGCCUGGUGGAAGAGGAGCUGGAGGAGAAACAUCAGAAGAACAGUUUGAGUCUGUUGCUGGCCGUCGCUCUUCUCAUGCUUGUCGUGCUGACAAUCUGGGUGUUCAAGAUGAAGCGCUGUCGUGUUAUGCACGAAACGGGUUUCUCAAUCGUAUACGGUAUCAUCAUUGGUUUGAUCAUGCGCUAUGCUGGCGAUGAGGUGUCGGUAGAGCCGAUGACUUGCGAGUCCAACUAUACGCACCCGCCGCGCCAAGUCUUCCUGUCCGUCGAGAAUGACACGUACGCCUUUGACCUGCGCAACAAGUUGUUCAAGGAUGACGAGGGAACAGAAUAUGAAGGACUGCUCUUGUUCAACCCGGAGAUGUUCUUCUUUGUCCUGCUGCCACCGAUCAUCUUCUAUGCUGGCUAUGACCUGCAACGCAAAUACUUCUUCCGCAACAUCGGAGCCAUCCUGCUGUACGCCUUUGUUGGAACGACCAUCUCCUGCUUCACUAUUGGCUCUAUGAUGUAUGCCUACACUCAGUUUGGCAUUGAGACCCUGCCGCGCGGUGUCGACAAUCUUGUCCAGUGUUUGAUCUUCGGAGCUCUCAUCUCUGCAACGGAUCCAGUGACCGUCUUGGCCAUAUUCCAUGACCUUCACGUCGACGUCGACCUGUUUGCCAUUGUGUUUGGCGAGAGUGUGAUGAACGACGCCGUGGCCAUCGUCCUGUACAGGUCCAUAAGUGCAUACUCGCCGUCAAACGAGUAUCCAAGUGGAUUUGAUUUUGUUGCCGUCUUGAAGUCGGUCGGCCUGUUCAUCGGUAUCUUUGUCGGCUCGUUCCUGAUCGGCGUUCUCAUGGGUUUCAUUACCGCUUUGUUCACCAAACUGAGUAAAAUCCGCGAAUACCCAAUGAUGGAGUCUGGGCUCUUUUGCCUGAUGUCCUACGCAUCAUUUCUGGCAGCUGAAGCGGCCGGAAUGACAGGUAUUGUGGCGGUACUGUUCUGCGGUAUCACACAGGCACACUACACCUACUUCAACCUGUCAGAGGAAUCCAAGAAGACGACCAGAACCUUCUUUGAACUUAUCAAUCUCCUUGCUGAGAACUUUGUCUUCAUCUACAUGGGUCUGGCCUUGUUCACGUUCCGCUAUCAUCAAUGGAACUGGGGAUUCAUCGUCUUUUCAUUCCUGGCUAUUCUCGCUGGACGAGCUCUCAACAUCAUUCCAAUGACUUUCAUCGCCAACCUCCGUCGCAAGAACAAGAUUCCAGUCAAAUUCCAGAAGAUGUUAUUGUUUGCAGGUCUGCGAGGAGCAAUUGCUUUCGCUCUGGCCAUGCGAAACACAGAGUCUGAAGUACGUCAGCUAUUCCUGACAACGACGCUGGUCAUUGUGUUUGUGACUGUUCUUGUCAACGGUGGUCUUACAACAGUAGGAUUGCAGUAUCUCAAGAUUGACAUUGGCGUGAAGAGCAACCCAGAUGAUGAUGACAGCAGUACAGUGGAUACUGAGGAGUUCCAAGGAACGGCAGAAACCGGAAUAGUCAACGUGCGCUACUCACAGUAUCAAGCCACCGGUGUUGUGCGUGUAUGGACCAACGCUGACCGGAAGUAUGUGCGUCCUGUCUUCACUCGCCGUGGUCCACCACUCACCACCGUCUUUCCCUCCAGUCUUCGCUGGCUUGCCAAGGCUCUGACUGGUCCAGAUAUCCAGACCAAAGACCGGCAGAUUGGGCACGGCGAGAGUGAGGAAAAUCUGGUGAGCGGCCCGACCGAGCUGGCCUUCAACGACGCAGAUGAUGGGGCUGCAGAAGGAAAUGCGGAGAUGUAG